AUGACGACAGAAAAUAUAAUUCCACCGCCUUCACCAAUAAUGGUCAAUCAAUUUAAUUUAUCUGCUAUUCAAAAAGAUUCAAUUGAUGAUCAACUUUCUUCAAAUGAUAUUUGUGCUAUGUUCGAUGAAUUUCUUAUUGAAUUUGAACAAAUGGAAAAAAGUGGUGUAACAACAAUAAAUAUAUUUUUAGAUGCUGUAGAAGAAAUAACAAAUGCUGUUCUAGCAAUUUUACCAUAUAAAUUACUUGAUCCUAAAGUUCUUUCUCAUCCACUUAUGCAUUUUCUACAUCAAAUGCUUAUCGAUAUAUUACUUAAUUGGCAGGCAUCGGAAAUGCGUCUAAACAUUCAAGAAUCAGAUAUAUUUCUUAAGAUUGUACUUAUUUUUGUUCAUGCUGCUGAACAAGCAUCUGCAGCUAAUGCUAAUGCAGAUCGACAAAGAAUAACAGAUCUGUUAUCAACAAGACAGUUUCUCAGUUUAGUACGUGAACAAAUCGAGGAUUCUGCUAUGAAUAAAUCUGGCAUUAAUGAUGAUCCAAAUAUAUGUACAUUAGGUUUGUUAACAAUAAAAUUAUUGGAAGGAUGUCCAUUCUAUUAUAGUAUGGAACGAAAUGCAAAUUUAAUUGACACUUUGGUAUUGAAUUGUAUUGAUUCAUAUGAUUAUGUUUAUGCAAUGCGUCAACAACAAUAUGGUGCAUCACUUACUGAUAUCGAUCGUUUUCUUUUGUUUACUUGUUGGGAAUAUAUGCCUGUCGUUGUUCUACCUUCACAAUCUUCAACGAACUCAUUAUAUAAAAUCGAUUCCAUUUAUAAUAUUUAUGAUGAACUUUUAACACGAUUUGAAUAUGCUCUUGAUCAAUCAUCAUCAAUCACAUCUUCUGAUCUUUCUUAUACUUUCGAACGAUAUCAACAACUUCUCAAUGUUCACAAUCUUCCUUCUUUCGAUAAACAUG